UUUGUUGGCAGGAGUUCCGAAUGUCAUCAGGAAAAGCCUUGUUAGUGAUGUUGACAAAUAGAGUUGUGUCUGUCAUAAACCUGUAGACAAAGGUCCUUUGAGAUAGGCAAUGUCUGGUAUAGAUCCAGAUGAGGAAGCCAAUGUCACAGAAAAUCCAGAUCCAGAAUCUGAAAGUGCAGCUGUGAAUGAGAGUGAGCUGCUGGACAGUCAUCCAGAUGAUGGGGUAGAAGGAGAAAUUAAUGCACUGGUCAGCAAUGAACACUUCCUACAAGAGAAUGGCUCUCAUCCAGAAAUUGUGAUAAAUGAAAAUGUUGAGGAAAACAAUGCACAAGAGGAUAGACAAAGACAAGAUGAAUGUUCUCUGAAUGUGGAAGGGGAUGAGAAGACUGAAGAUGAAAGAGAGGCAGAUGGUGGGGUGAUACGGGAGGGGCAGAUCAGUUGUGGGAGGGACGAACAGCUGAUUCAGGGGAUAGGACAAGAGGAGGCAGAAGCAGAUGCCUCACUGGUUAGAGAUGUCAGUAAGAGUGAAAGUGAAAAUGUGAAUCAUAUCAAGUGUGGAACAACUCCAAAUGAAAAUGAAAGUAUACAGAUAAAUGAAAAUGAAAGUAUACAGAUAAAUGAAUUGGAACAAAGUGAACAGAGAGAAAAUGAUGAGAGAGAAUUAGAAAAUAACACUGAAGGAAGCAAUUCUGUGAUAAAUUUAGGUAGGGAUGGUUCAAACCCAGAAUCAAACCUUGUACAGUGUGGAAUAAACAAUUUAGUAGAGAAUCUCAGUCCUGAAAAUUCAGAGGUUGUGGAUAGAAAUGCUGUCAUUCCGGAGGAUGAGAUUAGCUGUCAAAACUGGACGUCUGAAGCACGGCCGCAGUUACAUGUUCUCUCUCCGACUGAGAGCAUUGAAUCUUAUGAACCAGAGUGUGAUCAAGAGGCAGACAUAUCACCAAGUCAUGAACCUGAACAAGCAAGUAGUUCUGACAUGAAUGAAACUUGUGAACAGGGAGGGGGAGAAAAUCAACAGGAGAAAACUAUUUGUGUUGUGGUCAAUCCUCCAAGUCAGAAUCCAGCUUUAAGUGAUAAAGAUCUUAGAACAGAUCAUGUGACAUCUAGUCAGUAUGGUACAAAAACCACGUCGUGUUCAACAGAAAGCAAUAAAACUGAUGGUGCUGGUCUGAGCUAUGUAAAUGUGAAUGGGAACAUUACAAAUCAUAUCGAAAGUGGAAAUAAAAUCUCAUCUUAUGAAUCUGACGAUGACCUCUUGUCAGAACUAGAAUCUGAACUGACCAAAGGUCCAAGAACCAAUCAAAACAGUCGAAAUGGACCUGAUGCUGAGGUCAAUUUUAAAUUGCCCAAUGGAAUGUGUGGGAGAAUUGAUCAUAAAGUUAAGCAGGAAAUCCAAGAUUUACAGAUGCAACUGAAGCAUUCCAUAGACAAACUAGAGGAAAAAGAUGCUGAAAUUAAAAGACUGACAAUCAGGGGAGAGGAACAGGAGACUUAUGUGGAGCGGAUCCUUAAGGAGCGGGACUCAUAUCUCAAGGAAAUCCGACACCUGAAAUCUCAAGAUGACCUGUAUCUGCCCCAAAUCAAAGAGCUGGAGUAUACAAUCGCACAACAGACCAAUGAAAUCAGGACAGUAAAGGACAAGCUCACUAGUCAUGAUGCUGCGGCCAAGAGAACAGUGGCUGCCCUACAGAAUGAGCUAAAAGUCAGAGUUGAUCAGGUGACCAAAAUGUAUGAAGAAGCCAACAAGGAAAAAGACACAAUGGUGGUAAAAUAUGCCAUGGCUGAAAAAAAGUUCAUAGAAGGUCAAAAGGCCAUAGAAAGGUUAGAGUUCAAAGUUCGUGACCUUACUAAGGAAAAGGAUGGGUUAACCCAAAGGGUCAAGGAUAUCAAGGGAGAGAAGCAUCGAUUAAUGACUGAUCUGGAGGCAAAAGCUGCUGAAGUACAGGGCUUAACAAAAGAGGUGGAGAAACAAAAUGAGUUGAUUUCGUCAUCUGAAGUGAGGAUAAAGUGGGCACAAAACAAGUUACGAGCUGAGCUCGAUGCUCACAAGGAAACCAAGGAAGAGCUGUUGAAGACCAGAUCCAAGCUGAAGGAUGCUAAAGAUGAAACGGAGCAGAUCAGGAGAGAUUGCCAGGCCAUCAUCAAAACCUACCAGGAGUCGGAAGAAAUCAAAUCUAACAAGCUAGACAGUGAACUGAAGAUGAAAGAAUCAGAGUUCCUCCAACAACAGCAGGAAAAAACAAGCCAAGAGGAGCAUUUUGCUGCUACUGUAAAAGAGUUGGCAAGCCUGAAAGAAAAACACCAGAUAACUCUAAAGGAAAUGGAAGCUUUGAAGAAGAAAUGUCAGAAUUUGGAGUCCCAGCGAGAUCUGAAUGAGCAAACAAUGACUAAAUACAAAGACAUGCUUCAGAAACAGAAAAAGGAAAAUAAAGAGUUACAGGACAGAGUGGAGGAACUUGUACAAGUCAAGUCUGACUUUAAACGGGCACAAAGCACAAUCAAAUCUCUGGAUGCUGAGAUUUCGGAGUUGAAGAUCAGUAAUAAGGACCUACAGAUAGACAUGGAGGCAUGUCGGAAACGGGAGGCAGAGAAACUGGAUCUAACCAAAAAACUCAGUGAAAAAAAUGCAGGACUGCAGUCAGAAAAUUCCGUUCUUCACAACAAGACUGUGUCACAAACCGAGGAAAUUGAGAAGCUCACAGUAGAUCUGCAAACCCUGGAGAUAGACUUCAGAGAUAUUUCUGAAAGAUUAAAGAAAGAAGAGGUGAUGAGACGUGAAGAAACAGCUAAACUGAAAGAAAAAUUAGACGAAAAAUCGAAAGCAGUUGAGGAACUUUCUGCAAAAGUUGAAGAUGUAAAAGAUGAAAUCAAAACUAUAAAGAGAAAACAUGUCAACAAUGUCAAGGACCUCACAAGACAACUGCAGCAAGCAAAGAAGAAACUGGAACACUAUGAGACCAAUGGAGAGGGGCAGAAGGAUUCCACUAGCAUGGGUUCAAGGACAAGCUCGAGCAACUCCCUGAACACGAUGGGGGUGUCUGAGAACACCUCAUCUCAGCCAAACAGUUACACGAACAAGUACCCCGGUAAUUCUGAACCAGUUCAAGAAUACCCAGUUAUAACGGAACAGGUGGAGCCCGAUAGUAGAGUAUUGAUAGAGAGGAUUGUCAAACUACAGAGGGGCCUUGCACGAAGGAAUGAGAAAAUUGAGUUCAUGCACGAACAUGUACAGCAGCUUGUGGAUGAAAUCCAGAAAAAGAACAAAAUCAUUCAAAACUAUGCAUUGAGAGAAGAAUCCGGUACAAUGACUCUAGAAAGAGCUGACAUGAGUAAGGUGGAGUUGUCCAAGAAGCACAGCAUUAUGGGAUCUCUGUACAGCUCUCACCAGACUGACAGUGCAAUGACCCUUGACCUCUCUUUAGAAAUCAACCACAAGUUACAGGCUGUUCUAGAAGACACCCUCCUAAAAAAUAUCACUCUGAAGGAGAGCUUGGAUACAUUGGGAGGAGAAAUAGCACGGCUUUCACAGGAGAAUAGACAACUUCAAUUACAAAUUCAGGAAAAAGCAAAGAAAAGAUGACACUGGAAAUUUAGCCAAGGGGGUGUGAAGUAACAGUUCCAAACUGAAUCAUUUCCAGAGGGAGUGUGUUUGUUAGUUGGAUUUAACAGUCCCAAAUACCCUGGAUGUGUUUUCCUGUGUUUAGAAGAAAGUGUUUAGCAUAGAGAUACUGUGAUGCUGGUUAGAUUAGUUUGAAGUGGAAAACAUUUAGCUAUGACUGGCUGUAAGGUGUGUCAGACAUGUUUGAAUUUAUAGUGAUGAAAGAAAUUAAACUUUCAUCAUUGUGAUGAAUCAGGUUAACAUUUCGAAUUGUGAUAAAUGGUUGUUAACAAUAUCCCAGUGUUAAGUGAUUGGACUAUAAUUGUAAGUAACAUUCCAAAAUAAGUUACCAUGGUUAUGGAUAAACAGGGAACAUCAAGUGAUUAUAUGUCAUUUUAUUUGACACUGUUGCUUUAGUCAGUGCUUCAUCCCCUAAGUGAUUUAAAACAAAAAUAUAUUGUACAAUGUAAAUAGCUACAUUAACUUAUAAGAACAUAGACAUGUCCAUCAGUCUAAAAAGCUUACAAAUUUAUCAGUCGUGAAUGUACACAUUUAUUCACAUCAAAUCUUUAUUUGUUGCUGUACAUUAUAUGAGUUAAGAAUUCUGCAGAUAAAACUUGGUUCUGCCCAGUAUGCAUUAAAGAAAAUUAUAGAGUUGAAGAGAUAAGUACAGAGUGUAGGGUCAGUAUUAAAAAAAAAUGCUGCAGAAAUAAAUAAUAUUGGGUUUAUGAAUUUCAGGGGCACUGUGCAAAGUAUUUGUUGUAACAGUUCACUUUAUUUACUACAUACAGUGCACUACCAUGUAUAGAUGUAAUGAGUAUAUCAGUUUACUAAGGUUAAACUACAUGUAAGUGGGCAUUGAUGUUAGCUACGAUAGAAUAGUGUGUUUGUCCACUCAUUUCAAUGAAUAACAAUGGAAAAAAUGAUAUACUAUUUUAAAUAAAAAGUACUGAUUCAAAUGAUACAGUGUGUCACAUAUGUACACUGAGUAUAUACUGUACCCUACUAAAUUUGUGAUAUUUAUGAUUUUUUUUUUAAAUAAUUGUUAAUUUUAAGUUUCAUGAUUUAAUUUCAAUACAUGUAAGAGGCAAAAUACAUUACAGAAUUACAUGUAAAGUAAUAGAUAUAGUUAUUGUUAAUGUAAUACAUGUAUGAAUGUAACUCUGAGGAUAGGAAUCUUGAACUUGUACUAAAUAGAGCCUCUGUAUAUUUAAAACUGGAUACACGCAUUUAAUGAAUCAAUUUUAGCAUACUUUUCAGGAUUACAAAUCUUGCUAGCGGGAAGUUUGUAGCCUGAUAAAAAAAACUAAUCACCAAUGUUUGUUUUGUUGCUAUUAUUUAUAAUAAAGCAGAAUCAUAUUUGUA